AUGAGUUGUGAUGUUGAUGGUCUUCUUGAAUUUCUUCUUUAUGUUGGUCAAGCAAAACGAACAUUUCGUACAGGUUGGGUGUUACAUGGUGUUGAAAAAGUUGAAAGUGUAGCUGAUCAUAUGUAUCGAAUGGCUGUGAUGUCACUUUUAUUACCAACUGUAUCAGAAGAAUCAAAAGUUCGUUGUAUGAAAUUAGCACUUGUACACGAUUUAGCUGAAUCAGUUGUGGGAGAUUUAACGGAAUUUGAUGGAAUACCUAAAAGUGAAAAACAUCGAAGAGAAAGUGAAGCUAUGCUUUAUUUAACAAGUUUAUUACCAGCAGAUGUUGGAAGAGAAAUAUUUUCUCUUUUUAAUGAAUAUGCUGAUCAAAAAACAAAUGAAGCAAAUCUUGUUAAAGAUUUAGAUAUAUUUGAUAUGCUUUUACAAGCUUAUGAAUAUGAAAAACUUCAAUGUGAAGAUGCAUUUUUAGAAGAUUUUUUUGAUAGUUCGGUUAAUAAAAUAAAAACGGAUAUUGUUCGAAAAUGGCUUAAGCAAUUAGUAGAAUGUCGAUCAUCAGGAAAACUAUUUCAAUUACCAUCUGAUUCGAAUCUUAAUACAAUUCUUAAACAUAUUCUUUAUGAUGAUCAAGGAACAUUCUUAUAUAAACUUCCAUCAUCUAAUAUUCGUGAAAAGACAAAUCGUUUUAUUUCUAAUCAAAAUAAAAUCGAUAAUCCAUCAUUAGAUACAACGGAACUUUUGACAAAUCUUGUCAAAGAUAUAAAACAUCAACAUUAA